CCGCAACGUCAGUUGCUCUCGUGCUUCUAGCGAAAGGGAAAAUGUCGGCGUAUUAGUGGGGUUUUGUUGUGCCACUAGAGAGUGACUUUUGGCUACUGUUUCCCAAACGGAUCUCAUCGAAGAAAAUCUCAAGAUUGUUACGGCUUUGGAAAGAGUCAGCAUCGUUCAGUUUGCCAGUAAAUGGCGUAUAAGUCCUAUCGGGUACGCUUAGUACUUUAAAUCAGGUUUGAUUCCGACGUGAACCAGUCGCAGAGUCCGCCGUCGGUUCUAGCGGAGGAAGGACAGAAAUAGGGAAGGCAAGAGCAAUAUGUCGAUGCAGUUGGCGAUGUCAGUGGCAAAGAAUGAAUUUAUCGUGGGUGGCAAAUACAGGCUGUUGAGAAAGAUUGGCUCGGGAUCCUUUGGCGACAUUUACCUCGGUAUCAACAUCUCUAAUGGUGAGGAGGUUGCUGUUAAAUUGGAAAGCGUACGUGCACGACAUCCACAACUCCUGUAUGAGUCAAAGUUAUAUAAAAUUUUGCAUGGUGGUAUAGGAAUACCUCAUAUACGUUGGUAUGGACAAGAACGAGAGUAUAAUGUACUUGUCAUGGACCUUCUUGGUCCAUCUCUUGAAGAUCUUUUCACUUUUUGUACCAGAAGAUUCACAAUAAAAACAGUCUUAAUGUUGGCAGACCAAAUGAUUGGUAGGAUUGAAUAUGUUCAUUGCAAACAUUUUAUUCAUAGAGACAUCAAACCAGACAAUUUUUUAAUGGGUAUUGGCCGUCAUUGUAACAAACUCUUUCUUAUUGAUUUUGGAUUAGCUAAAAAGUAUAGAGAUAGUCGUACAAGACUGCAUAUAAUGUAUCGAGAAGACAAAAAUUUAACAGGUACAGCAAGGUAUGCGUCAAUUAAUGCACAUCUUGGAAUAGAACAGAGCCGUCGUGAUGAUAUGGAAUCACUCGGUUAUGUGCUUAUGUAUUUCAAUCGCGGAUCUUUGCCUUGGCAAGGACUUAAAGCUGCUACCAAAAAGCAGAAAUAUGAAAAAAUAAGUGAAAAGAAAAUGUCCACGCCUGUGGAAGUUUUAUGUAAGGGAUUUCCUGCUGAAUUCGCGAUGUAUUUAAAUUAUACACGAGGUUUACGUUUCGAAGAAAGCCCAGAUUAUAUGUAUCUUCGUCAACUGUUCCGUAUACUUUUCCGUACAUUGAAUCAUCAAUAUGAUUAUACUUUUGAUUGGACUAUGUUGAAACAAAAAAGUUGUGUUGUUGGAGGAUCUGCAGGUGGUCCAAGUCAACCUACAUCAAAUACUCAGGGACAGGGACAAGCCCAAGCUCAGCCACCCGCUCAGACCAACGCUCAACCAGGUAAAGGAUAAAACUAUAAUUACUUGUCAUUGCAUCAAUCCUAUUUGCAGUCACUAAAGUGUCCAAGAUCAGGUACUCAACUUUGUACGAAUGCCAUGCAAAGAGUCAAAUCAAUCAAUCCUCUAAGUUUACAUUAAGGAGGAGAUUUACGAUUACAAGCGUAUCGUACACGAGUAAAGGACAAUGCCACGGAUACACGUUUGUGAAUUCGCUGAUUAGUGAAAACUUCAGUGUAUUCUCAGUGCUUAGAGUUUUGGUUGAUCCACCUCUUUGGGCUUAAAAUCCAAGUGAGAUCAGCCAGAGGUGGCUUGUUCUUAUUUUGUUAUUACCUAUUUAAUUCACCGUUGAUAAUAAUUGAAAUAAAGGUUUUGAUGCCCCGAAGACCUUUGUAAAAGAUUACACGUAACGGUGUAAUGUGUGAUUUAAUCGAAACUCCGACAAACAAUUUUCAUAGAAAGAAAGAGAGAACGUUUUGACUAUUCUUGAACAUUCGGGGUAAUUAAUUGAGUACGUCGUAUAAAAUUUUAUAUCUAUUCUACAAAUAGAGAAAAGAAUGUAAGGAUGAGUGAAUGAUUAUGUGAGAGUAUGAAGAAAAUAUAUAAGUGUACUGAGAGAUAAAUACAGUUUGUUGCUUCCUGA